AUGAAGUUCGGGAAGAGAUUGAAGCAGCAAAUUGAACAGAGUUUGCCGGAUUGGCGGGAUAAAUUUUUGACAUACAAGGAAUUGAAGAAACUUGUGAGAUUGAUUUCUUCUGCUCCAAAGGCCGACAAGGAGUUCAUGUACUGCCUGAACAAUGAGAUCGAAAAAUUCAAUGCCUUCUUCAUGGAGCAGGAAGAGGAUUUCAUUAUUCGCCACAAGGAAUUGCAACAGAGGAUACAGAGAGUAACUGAUACAAGGGGACCAAAUGGAACUAAACCAUCUGAGACAGAAUACAAAGAGGAGAUGGCAAAAAUCAGAAAAGACAUCGUCAAUUUUCAUGGAGAAAUGGUUCUCCUAAUCAAUUACAGCAACAUUAAUUACACCGGGUUGGCCAAGAUACUGAAGAAGUACGAUAAACGAACAGGUGGCGUUUUGCGCUUGCCGUUUAUCCAAAAAGUCCUUGAACAACCAUUUUUCACAACUGAUCUCAUUUCGAAGCUCGUCAAAGAGUGCGAAACCACCAUAGAUUCGGUUUUCCCGGCUUCACAAGAACAAGGAAUACUUCCUGCUGAAAGACAGGCAAUUACAGUUCCUGGAGAGGGGAUUUUCAGGAAUACAGUUGCAGCCCUUUUGACUAUGCAGGAAAUUAGAAGAGGCAGUUCUACUUACAGCCAUUUCUCUCUGCCACCACUCAAUUUGCCAGAACCUGAUAUAUUUCAGUCGUUGCAACUCCUUUCGCCUAUACCAAUUCCCUGA